UCAAGAAAAGUAACAAUAAACAAAUAAAUAAAAUAAACUUUUCUGAUUAUGUUAACCAAUGCCUCAGAUCCAACCAAACCAUCAAUUGUUUUUGAUGAAAUUUUCUCUCUACUUGUAGUUUUCCUGGUAACCAAACACUAUUUUCUGACUCAGAUUAAUCUCCACACCAAACUAUGGCUCUUUUUGCGGCGAUCCUCCGAAGCUACCGAAGUCCAGCACUUCUCAGAAACCCCAUCAUUGGCCUCAUGAAGUUUCAUUCAACCGUUACAAAACUUACCGGUCACUCUAGCGUGUUCGAAUUUGACGAAUACAAGGCGGCGAAGGCGAAGAUGGUGGACGAAGCGUUGAAUGCGGCGGUGCCGGUGCAACAUCCCGACAUAAUCCAUAGGGCAAUGAGGUACUCGCUUUUGGGUGGCGGCAAGCGUGUACUCCCAGUUUUAUGCAUUGCUUCAUGUGAACUAGUUGGGGGGGAUGAGUCUCUUGCCCUUCCAACAGCUUGUGCUUUCGAAAUGAUUCACGCCUGCUCACUUAUCCAGGAUGAUCUCCCCUGCAUGGACAACGCCGAUCUUCGACGUGGAAAACCCACGAGCCACAAGGUUUUUGGUGAAGAUGCUGCGGUUUUAGCCGGUGAUGCGCUUCUAGCCCUUGCCUUUGAACACAUUGCGGCUAAGACAAUAAAAGCAGUCUCGCCGGGGCGCGUGGUUCGAGCCAUUGCAGAGAUUGGUUCGGCAGUUGGGUCAUUAGGCGUCGUGGCGGGUCAAAUGAUGGACAUUCAAAGCGAAGGUAAAGAAGUGACGCUGCGAGAACUGGAGUACAUUCAUGCGCAUAAAACCGCAAGGCUCUUUGAGGCUACGGCAGUUUGUGGAGCACUAAUGGGAGGAGGGAACGACAUUGAGGUAGAAAGGUUGAGGAAGUAUGCUGGUUCCAUCGGCCUGUUGUAUCAAGUGGUGGAUGACAUUUUGGAUGUCACGAAAUCGUCGGAGGAAAUGGGAAAGACGGCGGGGAAAGACUUGGUAAGCGAUAAGGCAACAUAUCCCAAGCUGAUGGGGAUUGAAGGGGCAAAGGAUUUUGCUGCCAAGUUGAAGACUCAAGCAUUGGAAGAGCUUGCUCAUUUCGAUGCUGCUAGGGCGGCUCCAUUGUACUGUUUCGCUAAUUUCGUAGCCAAGAGACAGAGGUAGAGGAACAAUAUUGAACACUGUAAUUCUGUUCGUUAUUAUUCGGGUGCACAAAAACCCAACCGAGCAGGGUUCAUUUGCAUGAUGCACAAUUGACACGAAAAAUAUGCACGAAAAGUUCAAUGUUAGCGUUUGAUGCUUAUCGUCUUGUGUUGAAACCUGCUGGAAACUGUUGUUUAGGCGAUUUUAUGUAACUAUAUUUUCACCUUCUGUACUCGAGCUAUGCAAGAUCACUCACUUUGCUUCA